GGAUCACCCAACCCCUCAUCAUCCAUCAUCCAUCAUCCCUCCCUCAUCCCUCAUCCUUACCAUCUCAUCCUUCCCAUCAAGGUAACUAGGUGAAGUAUAAAAUGUAUUUCUUAUAUUAAUUUUCUCUGAGUUCUUUCCUUUUUCCUUAUCGCUUGUGUCUUAUUUGCACAAGUAUAUAGUUGUUGGGAAGACGCUCCGACUUCCUCAAGAGAUCUUCAUUUCUCAGACUCGUAUAUAUAAUAUGCAUGUGAGGAAGGUUGGGUUUCUGCCAUUCUGACUCCCUCAUUGCCCCUCCAAACUUUAUCUAUCUACCUACCUGCCUACCUGCCCACCUACCUACGACUUUCCAACUUUCUUGCAUUCUUCCUCGUUGCCCUAUAAGUCAGAGCAUCUAUAGUUAUCUCUGCGGGAGUGUUUGUGUUCAUAACCGACUGCGGCGAAUAUCUGUUUGCUACAAAUUGGGUUGAUCCGACCACACCGACACAUCAGUGAAUUAUAACCAGCCUCGUCACAAGGCUGGUGAAGCCCUUUUGCUUCCAAGUGUUUUCCUCGAUCGAUUCCUGAAAACCGCCACAUUCUGGAUAUGAUAUAGAGGGCUCUCCUCCUCUUCUAGUUACGACCAUCAAAAUGGGCGACGACUCACAUGCAGAAAUCUCUCCACGAGAAAUACCUUCUGAGCCACACGCAUUCUUCGCUCGAGAUUCCGCUGCGAAUACUCCAGUCCAUGAAAAGGAAGAUGGAGAUUUGAAUGACUCAGAUGCACCCCGACCUUCGAAAUGGAGUAUGGGAAUUUUGAAUGUGCCAGAUACCCAUGAAGUUCCUGGUUCGAUUCUCCUUCUCACAGGCAAACGAAAUGAACCAUUAGGUUUGCGAAAUGCUCCAGCUAGAACUUCAACAUCUACCCUUCCACCCCAAGCCCCAUACGAUAGAAGUCGUGCAGCUUCCAUUCGGUCGGAAAAGAAAUUGACAAAAGAUGGGUCAACCGUUUUGGAUCCUCAGCCAGAGGAAUCAAGUAAUGAUCCUCUAAAUUGGCCAAUGUGGAGGAGAGAUGCAGCAUUACUUUCCCUCGGAUUAUAUUGUAUGUUGGGAGGUGGUAUGACACCAAUUUUAGCUGCCGGUUUUACAAAUGUCGCGAAUACGUACGAUGUUACAACCGCCGACGUUGCACUUACUACCGGAUUGUAUAUGAUGGGUCUUGGCGUUGGCUCGGUAUUUGCUUCUCCAACAGCAAUUUUGUAUGGAAAACGUCCAGUUUAUCUUGGUGGAGCAAUUCUUUUCAUCCUUUCUUGCAUAUGGUGCGCUCUUUCGCCAACAUAUAUUUCCCUCCUCAUUGCCAGGAUUGUUCAAGGUAUUGCACUUAGUCCGGUCGAGUGUUUACCGUCUGCUACAAUUGCAGAGAUUUUCUUUCUCCACGAGCGUGCUUAUCGAAUCGGAAUUUAUACUCUAUUACUGCUUGGUGGAAAGAAUUUGGUACCACUCGUUAGUGCCGUCAUUAUUCAAACACUUAGUUGGAGAUGGGUAUUUUGGAUUGUUACGAUGAUCGGGGGAUUUUGCUGGAUACUGCUUUUCUUCUUUGUUCCAGAAACAUUCUGGGAUCGAACACCGAGACCUAAAAGACCAAAGUCGAGAAGCCAGAGCAGAAAAGGUUCUAACAUAUCACAAAUUAUUCAUACAUUCGGAGGUCUCAGGCAUUCAUCAUCCAAAGUACAUGUUGCUGCAGCUCAUCAGCUGGAUGGAACCGAAGGGGAUCAACAACAACAAGCAGCCCGGUCUCCACAAAUUCAGCAAAUGAGAGCAGCUGAACCAACCCGAAGUAUGCAUGUUGGUUUUGUUCCGGAUGAUAUGCAUUCAGAUUCAACUUCGACGAAAAUUGAUGAAGAUAAGGAAGAAGAUGUAGAUGCUAUUACUAGACCUACAAGUCCUCGCACCAGGCCCAGUCCCUUGGACCGUGAUGUUCAUGUUUCAUUUGGUCCCAGUUCAACCCGACCAGCUACUCGUGAUCACGACUCUGUACACCCAGAAGAAACUACGACAUCAGCAGGUGUAGCUACUUUACACAACUUCAAUUCACCUUACUAUAGUAAUAUCGAAAAAUCCGGAGGCAAUUAUGUUGAUCGUGGUCGUCCAACCGAAAGAAAUCUUUCAAGUGCAACUCUUCGAGAUGCUGAAGAAGGAAUUUCAGGUCGUGAACCAUCUCUUGGGCCACAAUAUACACGAGAACUUCGAGAAGCCCCGAAACAAACCUUUGUCCAGCAACUUAAGGUUUGGUAUGGUCGUUUGAGCAAAGACAAAUGGCUUAUAGUAGCCUGUCGGCCUUUUAUUCUCUUUACAUAUCCGGCUGUCCUAUGGUCUUCAAUUGUUUAUGCUUGUUCGAUUGGUUGGCUUAUCGUUCUAUCCGAAUCCGUCGCUGUUAUCUAUAGAGAUAAACAUACAUAUAAUUUUUCAGCUUUAUCAACUGGAUUAAUAUAUCUCUCUCCUUUUAUAGGUGGAGUGCUCGGUACAGCGGUGGCGGGAAAAGUAAGCGACGUCAUUGUCCGGGCUAUGUCCAGAAGAAAUGGAGGUCUCUACGAACCGGAAUAUAGACUUAUAAUGGCAGCUCCAGUCGCAUUAACCACAGUAGUUGGUCUGAUGGGUUUUGGUUGGUCUGCUGAAAUACAUGAUAGUUGGAUAGUCCCAACUAUCUUCUUCGGAAUCAUAUCUUUUGGUUGUUCAUUAGGUUCGACGACGGCGAUUACGUUUUGUGUGGAUUCUUACAGACAGUAUGCUGGUGAAGCAUUGGUAACUUUGAACUUUUCAAAGAAUAUCUUUCACGGACUGGUUUUUUCAUUGUUCUUUGCAGAAUGGCUAGAGAGGGAUGGAAGUAAGAGUGUAUUCAUUUGGUUGGGGGUUAUUCAGUUGAUUUUAAUGGCGGCAAGUGUGCCGAUGUAUAUCUUUGGGAAGAGAGCGAGGAUGUGGACAGUUAGAAAGAACUAUAUUGAAAGGUUUGGGGAGAGAUGGGGGAAAUAGGUUUGAGAAAUGAUGACCUUAAGUGUUUGGAUGUGUAUUCAGGUUGGGGAUUGGACAAUGAAGAAAGGAUGAUGGGAAAGAUGAGUAAUUCACCAGAAAAUCUUUUUCAUUUCCGGUUGGUUUAGCAAUGGUGUUUGGUCUCGGUCUCUUUUGCAUAUAUCAUGGAUGCGGAGUUUAUGUUUUUAUGAAAGGUUGUACAGAGAUUAAGAGGGCUCUGAUGCACCGGUAUACACACAUUAUUUGUUUGAAUGUUUUGUUUUGAUACCAAUGGUUUCACGUUGGUAGAUGGGAUACAAUGGGAUACAAUGGGAGUCAGAGAGCAGGGUAAAUUGUUAUGAGGAAUUGGAAUGGGAGGAACUUUUGCGAUGAUACCUUGGAUUAUUAUGAGGAAGUGGGAAUGGAAUGGAAUUACCUAAAUGAGAUACCUGAACCGAAGACAUGAAGACAUGAAGUGAUGGAUAGAAUAGAAUAGAAUAGAAUAGAAUUAUUUCUCCUAAGUAUCUGUUUUGAUCGACAAGUGUGUUUUAUAGAUGGGAUUUGUGUGUGAGUGAAGAGGGUAGGCAUUAGAAUGGAGAUUA